AUGGACUUGAACAAUGUCAGACGCGUGUCCUCAGCAGGCUACCGGUUACCGGAACCAGCCAACGAGACCAGGCCGACAACGACCCGGCAGCCAGCAGCGGACAGGACGCGCUCCGCGAAAGGAGACGCGGUGUCCGCGAAACAGAAUCCAGACAGAAGCGACCCCGUCAAACAGGACCGGGUGUGGAAAGAGAUGGUGUGGAGUGAGAGGAGAGGAGUGCGGGAAUGGGAGAAGAACUGGAACUUUCUCAGGAACUAUGAUCAGCUGGGGCAGCUGAAGCCAGAGGAGACUUUACCCAGCUACGUGUCACUCUUCUCCGAUCGCGUCCCCAACACCACCAAUCAGAUGUUUGGCAGCAGGCUGUCCACUCCGCUGGGGAGCGAUCUGGUCAGACUGGACAGGCUGCUACUCUGGUCUGCAGGCAAUCACAAGCGCAAGCAGGAUCCAGAGAUGCUGCCCUGCUAG